AUGCCGCCCAAGGAGCAGAAUGGAUCCAUUUCAGGCUUAACUUCCGAUGAGACGGAAAGCGAUAGCAGGAUGGAAGACAUCACAUUCGAGGAAGUCCCUCCUAUUGGGCUUGCAUGGGAUGGGCCAGGUGACCCUGGAAAUCCUCUAAACUGGCCGGCAUCCAAACGCCGCAUGCAUAUCAUCACCAUUGCGUUUUAUACUCUCAUAACUAACCUUGCGUCCACAAUGUUUGCCCCGGCCGCAACACAAUUGGCAAGCGAAUUUCACAUCACCGACAGCACGGUUGUCAGUUUAGCGGUCUCUAUUUUUGUGCUUGGGUUUGCCUUAGGUCCACUACUGCUUGCGCCGCUCUCGGAGUUAUAUGGUCGACUGCCUGUGUAUAUUGCCUCUGGUGUUGGUUUCAUUGCCUUCCUUUUUGGUAGUGCUUUCGCUACGGACAUCGGAUCCUUUAUCGCUUUCCGGCUACUCUGUGGAUGUUCCGGCGCCGCACCGCUCGCAAUUGGGCUAGGAUCAUUGGCUGAUAUCACUCCUCCCAAAGAUCGCGUGAAAUGGAUGGGCUUGUUUAUUUUGGGACCAAUGCUUGGGCCUGUGAUUGGGCCCAUAGCAGGAGGUUUUAUCAGCGAAAAUAUUGGGUGGCGUUGGGCCUUUCGGGUUCUUUUAAUUGCAUCCGGGGUCGCUGCUUUCAUGUGUUUUUUCUGGCUACGUGAGACGUACGCACCCGUGAUUCUGCGUCAUCGAGCUGAAAGGCGCAAGAAAGGUCUAAGUGGAAAUGCUGCAAUCAUGCCACCUGGAGAGGCUGUAAUUAGCCGGCUGUUCCACGACAUGACCAGACCGAUGAGGCUUCUUAUCUUCUCGCCUAUUGUUCUGUUCCUCUCGCUUUACGCCGCGUUCGCCUUUGGGCUAAUGUUUCUCUUGUUUACUACUUUCUCGACUGUGUUCAAGAAACAGUACGGCUUUUCGACUGGCAUCACUGGCUUGACUUAUCUCGGUCUUGGUAUAGGCGUUUUCGUGGGCUUAUUCACCCAGACUGUCCUUGGCCAGAAAAUCGUGGAGUCACACACCAGAAAAAGGGGCUCCACGCGGCCAGAGGAUCGCUUAGCUUUCAUGGCAUAUGUAGCGCCAGUCCUUCCCAUAGGCCUGUUCUGGUACGGUUGGAGUGUGGAGGCGCGAACUCAUUGGAUUGUGCCCAUCUUGGGCAAUUUGCCUGUUGGGUUUGGGUUCGUAUCAAUCAUGAUGCCACAAAUGAUUUACCUUCUCGAGAUCUUUGGAGCAGAGGCCGGAGCUUCUGCCGUGGCUGCAAACACCGUCUUUCGAAGCUUGGUUGGCGCUCUCCUUCCGCUAGCAGGACCUACCAUGUAUGAAAACCUGGGAUACGGAUGGGGAAAUAGUCUCUUGGCUUUCCUGGCAAUCGCCUUCAUCCCAGUUCCUUGGAUUCUUUACCUUUACGGCGACAAAAUUCGAAAAAGCCGCAAAAUUGAUAUAUGA